AUGAGGGCGACAUUGAUAUUCUACCUGCUUGCAGCAACUUCUGUUGCCAGUAGUCAAGCUGGCGGACACGCUGGCCAGUGUUUUCCCUCCUAUUCUUCUAUAAGUCUUUGUGACAGACCAUGGACUCUCAUCUUCGAGAACGACGCAAAGGGAUUCGCCAUAUUUGGAAGUAAAGAGGACUUGAAGCAGGCGGUUCUCCGCGGAGCAGAGAUUCGGGUCAUGCUGAUCGACGCUCUGAUCGAACCCGCCUCCAUCAGCACACAUACUUUUUCAUCCAACAUCGACAACAUCAACAUUCGAGGGGAUAAUAUUUGUUGCGAGAUGCUGUCUCACGUGGCAACUAACGGAUUUGAGACGGUGGUGGAUGCUCACUGGCGCUACUUUCUGCCUUGCACGACAGGUAGUCUACACGUGGCGCAGUACUACGUGGAGAGCCCGGAGUUUGUGUCCGAGGAGACACAGCAUGUGCACAUGGCUUGGUACGCAAAGGAGAUACAGCAUGACCUGUACAACGAUCGGCCGUUGUUUGCUCACUUCCUGGACGGUGGCUCGACGAUUGGCAAGAAGGAAGAUCUCAUUGACGCUGCCAAGGAAGGGAAAGAGAUCCGAGCAAUAAUGACUGACAGAGGCUACGCGUUUCCUUUUCAA